AUGUCUUCGGCACAACCCACGUUUGGUACCGUGCUCCUGGCCGCUGGAACGAGCACACGAGCAGGAAAUUCGCUGGGGUCCAAGGUAUAUAGACAAAUCGCCGGUGAGACUGUCAUCUCUCGUGUUGUACGACUUUUCCGGAAUUGGGACCCCAACCACCCCGUUGUGAUCGUGCGGAACAGGAACGACGCACAAUCCCUUGCGCAUGCCAUUCCGGACCGUGAUUCGCGGACGUACGAAACAGUUGGUGGAGACACGCGACAGCUUUCUACGCUUAAGGGGCUGGAGUUUCUGGCCUCACUUGAACAUCCCCCUUCGCAUGUUCUGAUUCAUGACGCUGCCAGACCUUUUCUCUCGGCUUCGCUAUUGGAUAAAAUUCGAGAUGCACUGAGCAAGGAGCCUGAUGUCGGCUUCAUUCUUGCGAUCCGAGUGUCUGACACUGUGAAGUCUGUCAACGAGUGUGGACAGAUCACAGGUACGGUACCACGCGACGGUCUUUAUCGCGCUCAGACGCCGCAAGCGUUUACUCUCCGCGAGGCGCUCAAAGUUCACAAGCAAUUUGCUCUCUGUGGGCAGGCCGGAUACACAGAUGAUGCCUCCCUCUUCGAACAGGCCGGGCUGCCCGUUCGAGUUUUGCCAGGCGAGGAGAGAAACAUGAAACUCACCUACCCGUCAGACUUUGAACAAGCAGAACGCAUCCUGCUAGCAAGGUCCCUGCCACCACCAGGAUUAUCUAUUCCUGACGUUCGUGUAGGGCAUGGCUACGACACUCAUCGACUAAUCUCAGCUACCGAAAUUACCCUCUGCGGUGUCAAGCUGCCUCACACUUCCGGGCUGCUUGGCCACUCGGACGCCGAUGUAGGCCUGCACGCUGUAACCAACGCACUGUUAGGUACUAUUGGCGCCGAUGACAUUGGUAGCCAUUUCUCACCCUCGGAUCCUUGUUGGAAAGGCGCUUCAUCCGUUCAAUUCGUUCAACAUGCUAGGAGGCUUGUGAUUGAGGCUGGUGGGGUCAUCACCCACGUGGACGUCACAUUGGUUUGCGAGAAGCCCAAGAUUGGUCCACAUCGCGAUGCGUUGAAGACGUCUGUGGCUCGUAUUCUAUCCUUGAAUAAAUCGCGAGUAUCUAUCAAGGCUGGCACGAAUGAGAAGGUGGGCUUUGUGGGAAGAGAAGAAGGGAUCGUUGGAUUUUCUACGGUGACCGUUGUGUUUCCUGGAGGCAUUGUGUCCAGCCCUAGAGUUGACGCUGAUAGCAUGGAUCAUGAUGGGGAGAAUAACAUAGCUAGCGGUGUUUAA